AUAUUUUCUAAAAAACUUCAAAAAAAUUGCAAUGCAUACAGGUGUAUCUGAAUUUAUUUUAUGUCACUACCCAUCGGCCAACCUAGCCUCCCCUGCCGCGAUAACCUUCUCCUUGCUUGAGGAAGCAUCAAUCGCCCUUCGCCUUCUCCGCCACCCGCUUUCUGUACUUUUAAGGGGUCUUGACGAGACAAGAUUGGCCUAAAGAUUGGAUUGAAUCAAAUUCCACUGAAAAACCUGAUCUGUCUUCCAUUGUUGAGAAGCUAGCAGCUAAUGGGGCUUCUGAGCAUAAUUCGGAAGAUCAAGCGUAAAGAAAAGGAAAUGCGGAUUCUUAUGGUAGGCCUGGAUAACUCUGGUAAGACGACAAUUGUGAUGAAAAUUAAUGGGGAAGACACCAGUGUUAUUAGUCCCACGCUUGGCUUCAACAUCAAGACUAUUAUCUAUGAAAAGUAUACUCUGAAUAUUUGGGAUGUUGGGGGACAGAAAACAAUUAGAUCUUACUGGAGGAACUAUUUCGAGCAGACUGAUGGAUUGGUUUGGGUUGUGGACAGUUCAGAUCUUAGAAGGCUAGAUGACUGCAAAUAUGAAUUGCAUAAUCUUUUGAAAGAAGAGAGGCUAUCAGGAGCAUCAUUGUUGAUUUUUGCAAACAAGCAGGAUAUACAAGGUUCUCUCUCUCCGGAUGAAAUAGCUAAAGUACUCAACUUAGAAGCUAUGGAUAAAAGUCGACAUUGGAGAAUUGUGGGAUGUAGUGCAUACACUGGAGAGGGGUUACUUGAUGGAUUUGAUUGGUUGGUCCAAGAUAUUGCCUCUCGCAUCUAUAUGCUUGAUUAGGCUGCACUGUCUUGGAUAACAUCAUUGGCACAAGAUCUUGUUGUUUAGUUUUUACUGACCAGUGUAAACCUCUAGAUGUCUUAAUUGUGCACUUUCAUCUGCCUUGGGAUUAAGAGACUAUGGAAAGCUUUAGCCAGACAAAUGUUCAUAGAAAUUUGUAUUUGGAAAAACAGAGGAUAUUCUCUAGUGUCUUACUACAGUAUUUGAAUCUUAAGUGCAUUGUUUUGUUACA